AUGGAUCUAUCGCGUGAUGAUCGCAUGUCGUCGCCACCACCCAUGCAGAAACAACAGCAGGACCAACGACAACCCAAUAAUAGACCGGUUUCAGCAGACAAUGGCUUGAAUGAACGGAGACGAUCGGAUUCGCACAUUUUCGGUACUGCUCCCAUGCCAGAAGAACGAGCACAACCAGGUCGUCGACGCCCUUCACAACUCUCCUCUGCACCUGCACCUCGUUCGCAAAAGGAAUUUCCAUUGGGGUCACUUGCAUGGCAUCAGAAACAGCAACAACAACGACAACGGCCUGUGAGCCUUCGAUACCAACAUGCGGUAGCAGCAUCGCCUACAAAGUCAACAUCGUCGCAACAAAUGCAAGAAGACACCUUUUACAGCUCGCUUCAGAUUCGAUUGCAUCACUCGGUGGGAAGUAUGAGUAUCAGUCCAUCAUGUCGAGAUAUUGUUCUUGCUGGGCGUCAAGGUUUAUUGAUCAUCGACUUGGAAAAUCCAUGGCUGUUGCCAAGGUUACUACCGCACAUGUCAAAAUGGGAGGUGGCGGAUGUUCAGUGGAGUCCAUACGUUGCGAGAGAAUCAUGGGUAGCAUCCACGUCGAAUCAAAAACUCUUGGUGUGGAACCUGAAUUAUGCUGGAUCACAUGCGAUUGAAAACGUGCUACAUGCUCAUUCACGAGCCAUCUCGGAUAUCAAUUGGUCACCCCAUCACCCCGACAUGCUCGCUACCUGCUCGGUGGACACCUACGUACAUAUAUGGGAUUUGCGAUGUGCAGGAAAUGAUCUACGACCAGCAAAUUCUUUUACUUCAUGGAAUGCUGCGACGACCCAAGUCAAGUAUAACAGAAAGAGCGAGUAUCUAUUGGCAUCUGCUCAUGAUAAGGACGUCAAGAUUUGGGAUAUUCGGAAAGGAGCUGUCCCUGUUACUACUAUCUCAGCGCACACAAAGAAAAUCUACGGCAUUGAUUGGAGCAGACAAAACGAUCACGACAUUGUUACUUGUAGUUUGGAUCAAUUAGUCAAGUUUUGGAAUAUCCAUGAACCAGAAAAGGAAGAAGAAGCAAUAAUGACCAGCUCACCAGUAUGGCGUGCAAGAAACGCUCCCUUUGGAAAUGGUGUCUUGACCAUGCCGCAGCGAACAGAGACAACAUUGUAUCUGUACAAUCGUGAUACGCCAACUAGACCAGUGCAUGCAUUUGAAGGUCACACCGAUACUGUGAAAGAAUUCGUAUGGAGAUGGAAGGGAGGCAAUGGAACUGAAGGUGAUGAUCGAGAAUUCCAGCUUGUUACAUGGUCAAAGGAUCAAUAUUUGCGAUUGUGGCCGAUUACAGAGGAUAUUUUAAGAUCUGUGGGACAUGAGCCAAGCAAGAAAAAGACCGUGUAUCGCGUACCAUCCACGGCUGUGAGUAAAGAUGGCACCGUGCAUUCGAGAUCUUUUCAAAAAGAGCCUGAUGAAGAUGAGACUGAGAGUGGGCAAUCGGUUAUCACGGCAUCUGUCAAUCCUUUACGUAUCGAAGCUUCAACAAGUGAACCCUCUUCUUCAGCUAUGACCUUGUUUCGUUCAGGGAAGAAUGCUUCUGGAACAGUGGGAAUUCCCGGUGGCUAUGACGCCAUGUCUCAUGCCUAUCGUGAGCAAAAGUAUACCAUCAAUCCUCUCUUGUGGAUGCAAAAUGUCAAAAGCGUGGGCCCACCUACCGAGCUACGACGUGCUGCUACUACGGAGAGUACAUAUCAAACGGUCGCUGAAGAGAUGUCAACAGUGCUCAACAAAUACGUCAGUGCUGGUGUCAAGACCGAAAAGAUUAAUGGUGCAUCUCGCACGUGUACUAUUACACUUCAUGGUCCUUGGUCAGAUACCGGUAGCGCAUUCUUACGCAUCACCAUUCGUUUCAGCCCACAAUACCCAGACAACAGCCCACCUGAAUUUGAUAUCCAAAAGAACAGCAUGAUGUCCAUCUAUUAUCGAGCUCACAUGUCACAAGAUCUCAAUACGCUUGCAUCGAGUUAUACAUCACAAAAGCGUUGGUGUCUUGAGGCAUGUAUCCGCUAUCUUCUUGGUGAACCUACUCAAGAAGAAGAACUUGGUCUUGGUGGUGGCACUGGUACAUCUGAGAGCACCCCUCUUAGCUUAGGUGGUGGCAUGUCUCUUACGAGUGGCGCACAAUCAGCUGGAAGCUAUAUGAGCACGUGGAAUGGGUCCAACAAUGGGGCUGAUAAUGGUGAUUCGGAUGAUGAGAUAUUCGCAGGCACACCCUUUAUCGGUGGAGGAAGCGGUGGCUAUGGUACUGCAGGGAAGCGUGUCAGCUUACAGAGCGAACGGGGUAUCGUUGUGGACAUGUCCUCGAAGCAAAGUGCGGAUGAAAAAGUACCUUUCCCUCGUCUUUGUGGUGGUGUCUUUUCAGGAAAUGGUCAUCUUGUAUGCUUUUUCUCCACUUUACGUGUUCGUGAUCCAAAGAGGAAUCAAGAGAAUAGCAACAAAGCCAAGCGACAGGAAGAGGAUGAUGCAAGUGCUACCAACACAGCCUAUUUUGAGAAUACUUACAGCGACUUUUACAAGCAUCCUCGCACUUAUGAGCAAUUUGAAGAAUACAAGGAAAUUGCAGCCAUGUCACGGCAGGGAAGGAAUGCUACAGUACUUGUCGGUGGUUCUGGUGGUGCUUUUGGCGAAUACGCGUACGACGAUGAUCCUGAUGAUAUUGAUGAUGGUUUAACAAUGCCGUCAUUGUACUUUAAUAAGCCUGAUAACCUUACGUUGGGCAGCUCAAUAUCGAAUGCUGAUAGCAUGUUGUAUCGAAACAUCAAGACGGAUCGUAUCACUUACAAUGUGGUAUUGGCGGAUAUGAAUGAAAUCAUGCCCUACAGCUCGCAACUUGCAAGAGAGUAUACUCUUUCCAUCAAAGAUCCUGUUGGGGCAUGUACGCACAAUGCUAUGAUAUGUCGGGCACACAAUCGCCUGGAUCUAUCAAAGAUUUGGUAUUUGGCAUCCGAGAUCAUGCGUGAAUGUAUCCCCGUUGAGAAUGAACGAGAGUGGUCGUCCGAGCCCAUGGAAGAUCCACAUUGGCAAAACGGCGUUGAUCUAUCCGAAUUAUAUGCCAUCUUGUACAACGAAAAGAGAGCCAAAAUCACUGCCAUCAAAAAGCGUCGAGUCCGUUGGGGAUUACAUCCAUUGGGAAGGAAGCUCAUUGAUAAAUUAUUGGAUCAUUUUAUCAAGAUGGGUGAUGUGCAAACAGCCGCUAUGCUUUCGUGUAUUUUCCAUGAUGGUCAAGACGGCCAAAGCAAAGGAACACAAAACAAUCCACAUAAGAUGUUGUAUGGCAGUCAAGAUGUGCAAAGUAAAGAAGAUUUACGGCCGAUACGAGCUCAAGCCUUAGUGAGAUCGGGAUCAGGACCAGUGUCAACCAGCGUAGGCUCUCCUGAUCGUACGGCGAAUACCAAUCAAAUGAGCUCAUCGUAUGGAGGCCGUGGCGUCAACUUUUUAUCUUACUUCUGGGAUUCGGAUCGACACACUCCACCUGGUGAAAAACAAAGCGAACUUGGCAACCAACAACAAACGAGCAUGAGCCCAUCUACCAGCAAACGUCCUGGAUACCCUUUCACUACCGUCAACAUUACCCCUCAAAAAUUGCCUAGCAACACUGCACCAGGUGUACGCACCAGCAAUCCUAGCUCACCACACAAUGGGGCGUUUACAGCUGCCAUAACAAAUACGCAUGCAGUGGUCUCUGACAAGGAAGGAAAAUUGGUACAAAGCAGCGAUAUGACCAUUGAAUUCACCAACCUUGAGACGUUUGAUGGAGAAAAGGCGCUUUCCUACAACAAUGAUGUAUCUCUUUUGAACCCACAGAGGGCAGCUCAGCUGGAUGUGCUUCGACUCAAUUACGCGGAUAUGCUUUAUCGAUGGGGCUUGCUUGAACAGCGUGCCGAGAUACUCAAGUUCUUAAGUCGACAAACAUCAAUCGAAUACCAAUCAACACCACCCGAGCAAAACAUGCAAGUGCAAAUUCGUUGUUAUAUGUGUGGAUCCGAAGUAUCUGCACGUGAUCGUAUUUGUUAUACGUGUCGCAAGAGUCGCAGUCAAAUCCGAUGCAGCGUGUGUCAUGUGCUGGUCAAGGGCAUGGUCAACUUUUGUAGCAAGUGCGGUCAUGGUGGACAUAGCGUACAUAUCAAGGAGUGGUUUUCACAACAAACUGUGUGCCCUACAGGCUGUGGUUGCAUUUGCUUGAUUGACGGAUAG